GUUUAAACUAAAUAUCAUAGUUUCAGAAUUUAAAAAUGUUUUCACCAUUUGAUGCAAACAAAUCGACAAAAGGCGCUAGCAAAUUACGACGAGAUUUAAUAAACGCGGAAAUAGCAAAUUUACGAGAUUUAUUACCGCUACCACCUUCAACACGUCAGCGCCUUUCACAAUUACAAUUGAUGGCACUUGUCUGUGUUUACGUACGAAAAACAAAUUACUUUCAACAAGCAUUUAAAUGUCAAAAUGUCAAUUUACAAUCAGCAACGCCAAGUAUUGGAUUCUCCAAAGCAUUGAACGGUUUUCUUAUGAUGAUGACACAAAAUGGUAAACUUUUGUACAUAUCGGAUAAUGCAGCCGAAUAUCUGGGCCAUUCGAUGGAAGACCUACUUAUUCAUGGCGACAGUGUUUAUGAUAUUAUCGAUAAACAAGAUCAUUCUGUAAUUCAAGCGGAAAUGGCAAGAUCGGCGAGUUCUGAAGAUGAAGCUCGAAUGUUUAUGUGUCGAAUAAAUGUUACACGGAAUGCAAGACGUCAAAUGCGAUUCGGCGAUCAAAAGGUGGUGUUAGUUCAAGGUCAUUAUUUAUCAUUUUUACCUCUAUGCAGUAGGAAUGAGCCAGUAUUUAUUGCAACUUGUACUCCAAUUGCAAUGCCAGAAACACGAGAAUGUGUGGUCCAAGGUGCUACAAAUGUAUUUACCUCAAUACAUUCAAUGGAUAUGAAAUUUAUGUACUUGGAUCGAAUUGGCGAAUAUCAUUUAGGAUUUUUAUGGGUAGAAUUACAAGGUGUUUCAUGGUACAAAUUAUUACAUUGGGAGUGUAUGCAAGAAGCGCAGGCCAAACAUAGAUUAAUAACACAAUCGGACCAGGAUCGUGCUUGUAUAUUAUUGGUGCGUUUACAAAGACGAAUGGGUGACUGGAUCUGGGUUCAUUGUGUCUUACAAGUCAAAGAUAGUAUUGAAAAUAAUCAGCAUCCUGUUAUUGUAUGUACAAAUCAAAUUUUGAGUGAUCGCGAAGCUGGUGUAAUGAAAGCGAAUAGUUGGUUAUACGAAUAUUACAUGGUACAAAGCAAACUACAGUAUGGUCUUACAUAUUCGGGUCCCCAACAACCGACCACAGCAAUACCCCGAAUAACACCUUAUUAUCAUCAUCAACAUUCCCCCCAAUCAAGUGGCACUCCUGUAACACAUGUCCCUCAACAAAUCCCACAACCCCCACCGUCGCAAAUCGUUCAAGUACAAGUUCAACAUCCUCCAGAUCCAUCAUUAGGCACCCCACCAAAUAACAAUGAAAUAUCUCCUCAACCCACAUCCCGAACAGUUGAAAAAUUGGAACCUGUUGAUUAUUCCUUACAUCAGCAAUCUACGUCACAAUAUCCAGCGCAUGUAUGUUCACAAAUCGGGCGAUGUUUUUCAUCGUCAUCGACGGGGGAUGAUAGCUUGGAUACGUUCGCACGUCAUGUUCAGAUGGACGAAUCUGGAGGGUAUCAAUAUCGAUCGAUUGUCACAGUGGCUCCACAUAGUUACGCGGCCGCCGAAAGUCCAGAUUUAUAUUCGUAUCAGAUAAUUGGUAACGAACCUCCCCAUCAUUUGCACCAUGAAAGUAUCCCAACUUAUUCGGGAUACACUCAAAAAUAUUUGGAUGAAGGUGAACGUAGACAUUCGAUUGACGAUACUUUACGGUACACGAAAGCUGCUAAAUGUAAGAAAUUAUCGACGGGAAGUGUACCCUCCACAGUGAUACCUUCACAAGAUCGUGAUAAUUAUUCGACGGAUAAUGAUGAUGUAUUUAUGACUACGGGACAAUGGAAAUCGAUUCAUGGGCAUACUCCACGUGAACAAAACGACCCAGAAAAUAAGAAUAAUUACCCGGAAGAGAGUGAAAUGAUUGAUAUCAAUCAAUUGGGGUUUCAAAACAAACGAAAAAUUUUAAUGCCUAUGUCCAAAAGUGAUGAUCAACGUGCCACAACGAAUUCCCCACAUUGGACACCAAAUAAUAUGGGUCUGCUAUCCGAGUGGUCUGAUUCGGCAAUGAUUUAUCAUACGAAUAACGUGUACACAUACGAUACGGUACGCGCAUCUUUAGUAUGCGCAAACAAAGAAACAUUCUGCUAUUGGAAACAUUUGGAAAAUUAUGCAAAAACACAUUUAGAUUUGAUUUCCGAUAAGUACACGGUUUGUAACAUGGAUAAAUCCAAAGCAAGCGAAUACGAAGAUUUUAGUAACUAUGGAAGUAAUUGUGAUGUAACACGAAUAUACCAUCAUAACCUAUCGUGCCAGAAGAGGUAUGGUAGUGAUAAAUGGAUAAAUCCGUUACAUCCUCCAUUACCAGCGAUUAUAACUAAAUCCACAUCAGAAACAGCAAUUCAGUUGGGUGAGGAACUAACCGUCUAAAAGACGUCUAGAAAAUGAGUAUCUAAUUGAUUAAUCGCGAAUGGUUUAUUUUGA